CCCCCGUGACCCCCCCGUGACCUCUCCACAGUGCUGAACAGAGCAAACUGACAGCUCUCCGGUCAGCUGUUUCACAGGCUAACUCGGAAUAAAUCUUUUUUUUUUUUUUUUAAACGAUUACAAGGAAAUUAUUAACGGUAGACAAUUGGAUUCAACGUAGACUAUCGAAACGUUGCGAAAUUUGCUAGCUUGCUUCGUGUAUAUCCAGUUUUUUUUUUUCUCUGUCUCUCUCUUCCGCUAUUUAGCACGAAUCAGCAAACGUUAGCUAACAAAUCUCUUCGAAACCUGCGUCAAACAACUUGUUAGCGUAACUACGGAUUUUUUAAAAUUGUAUUAUUAUUAUUUUUUUUUUUUGAGCUUUUGUUGUGAAGGAAGGACUUUACAAUGGGAUCCAGAGCAUCGACAUUACUGAGAGAAGAGGAGAUUGAAGAAAUCAAAAAGGAGACAGGCUUUUCCCACAGCCAGAUCACCCGGCUCUACAGUCGCUUCACCAGCUUGGACAAAGGAGAGAACGGCACACUCAGUCGGGAAGAUUUCCAAAGGAUCCCAGAGUUGGCCAUCAAUCCUCUGGGAGACAGAAUCAUCAAUGCCUUCUUUCCCGAGGGGGAGGACCAGGUGAACUUCAGGGGCUUCAUGAGAACCCUGGCUCACUUCCGUCCUAUAGAAGACAACGAGAAGAACAAGGACCCCACUGCCUCUGAACCUCUCAACAGCAGGACCAAUAAGCUGCUCUUUGCUUUCCAGCUGUACGACCUGGACAGAGAUGAUAAGAUCUCCCGCGACGAGCUGCUACAGGUUCUCAGGAUGAUGGUUGGUGUGAACAUCUCUGACGAGCAGCUGGGCAGCAUCGCUGAUAGGACCAUCCAGGAGGCCGACCAGAACGGAGACAACUCCAUUUCCUUUAAUGAGUUCAUCAAGGUUCUGGAGAAGGUAGAUGUUGAACAGAAGAUGAGCAUCCGCUUCCUGCACUGAGACACUGAUUGGUUGCACUUCCUGACAGGACUGUCUCUCUGAUUGGCUGGAUAUUUUACUACCACCACCAUGCCCGCUGGAACAUGACCUAAGCUGUGUCUCCCUCUCUGUCUCCUCCUCCUCCAUACAGUACUAGCCCCUCCCUCUCUCUGUCUCCUCCUCCUCCAUACAGUUCUAGCCCCU